UAAAAUGACUAUAUUCACCAAAUGGAAGGUCCUGCAUGUUCUGAACUGACCUCAGACUGACGUUAACUUCACAACCGGGUUGUUCCGAUGUUGAUGCACAACGUGUCGCUGCUGCACAAUAAUUCGCGCAGUUCUGCCAUCGAGGAGAAAAAAAGAGCGAUUCUCCGCUGUGGAGGGCUGUCUUAGUAAAAGGGUUGGAUUUCCACGGAUCUCGUUUACAGAAGCUCUUCCUCUCUCGGAUGAUUUAGUAUAUUACGAUUAUUAAUGUUAGUUCUGUAUGUUACAAACCUGGCGUUGGGGUAAUUUAUUCAUGCUUGAAACACCCUAUCAUUAAAGCCAAUUAUAUUACCUGCUACAAUGUCACCGCUGUUUGUGGACAUUGGAACGAGGUACGUGUCGGUUUCUUUUGUUUUCUAUGCGAUGUGGACCGUGGCGUUGGCCGUGACUCGAUAUUCCAUACCUGAAGAAAUGGAAAGAGGAUCGGUUGUUGCAAAUUUGGCGACUGAUUUGGGACUGAAUGUGGAGGUUUUGGCUCAACGCGAGGUUAAGCUCGAUAUUAUACACAGCAAGAAAUAUCUAGAGGUCAACACGGAGACCGGAGAACUGUAUAUUGUAGAGAGAAUAGACAGAGAAUUUCUGUGUCCAGCGAAAACUACGACGACUUGUAUCUUAAAAUUAGAUGUAAUAAUUAAAAACCCAUUACGCAUUUUUAACGUUGAACUGGAAAUAACAGACAUCAACGAUAAUGUGCCGCAGUUUCGGAGAGACAGGAUAGAACUGGAUAUUUCAGAGUCCGCGUCACCGGGAGAGAGAUUCUCCCUCACGAAUGCGGUGGAUCCAGAUGUCGGAUCAAAUUCGAUCAAAAGCUACCAUCUAAGUGAAAGCAGAAAUUUCAACCUGGAUAUUCAGACGGGGAGUGAUGGGUCGAAGUAUGCGAACCUGGUUUUGAAAAAGGCUUUGGACCGAGAGGAAGAGGCUGUACAUAACCUGAUACUCACUGCUGUAGACGGCGGAGUCCCCGCGCGCUCCGGCACCGCCAGCAUCAUUGUUCGCGUGCUGGAUGUGAACGACAACGCCCCUCAGUUUGAGCAGCACGUUUACUCUGUUAAUGUCUCCGAGAACUCACCGAUCGGAACUCCCGUAUUAAAACUGAAUGCCAGCGAUUUAGACGAGGGUCCAAACGCAGACAUUGUCUAUUCUUUCACACUUUACACCUCUGAAAAAAUUCAAGACAUGUUCUCGCUAAAUGCGAAUACAGGCGAGAUAAAAGUGAAAAGCGUUAUUGAUUAUGAGGAGAUCAAAACACUGGAGAUGCACAUUCAGGCUCAUGAUAAAGGAACUAUGAUCCAGCUUUCAGGACAGUGUACAGUAAUGGUGUUUGUUACUGAUGUGAAUGACAACCAUCCUUCUAUCACGAUUACAUCACUUAAAAACACGGUGAAAGAGAAUGUUCCAGUAGGUACAGUAAUAGCCCACAUUGCAAUACGUGACAGGGACUCGGGUAACAAUGGUGUAAUUGACAUUAAUAUAGAGGAGCAGUUGCCCUUUGCGUUGAACAAAUCGUCAGAUAACGAAUUUGCACUAAUUAUUUCAGAACCACUGGACCGUGAAAAAGUUUCAGAAUAUGAUAUUACUUUUAUAGUCACUGACAGAGGUAUACCUCCAUUGUCGGAUAACGAAACAAUUACACUGGAGCUCCUGGACAUUAAUGACAAUGCGCCACAGUUUCCGAAAUCGUUCUGCACUAUUCCUGUGUUGGAAAACAAUGCACCAGGUUCGUUGCUCAGUUCGUUAUCUGCGUUUGAUCCAGACCUCCAUGAAAACCAGUAUCUGGUUUAUUUCAUCAUAGAAAAGGAAAUAGUCAACACGUCCAUGUCUAUGCUGUUCUCUAUUAAUCCCGAAAAUGGUGAUCUUUACGCACUGAAAACCUUUGACUACGAGAGAGAAAAGGAGUUUCUGUUUCACAUCGAGGCCAGAGAUUCUGGUGUUCCUCCACUCAGCAGUAACGUGACUGUCCACAUCAUUAUCAUGGAUCAGAACGACAACACUCCUGUCAUAGUCUCUCCAUGGCGCUCGCACGGAUCUGUGGUUGAGGAAGUGAUUCCUCGAUCUAUUGAUAAAGGACACCUGGUGGCCAAAGUGAUCGCCAUUGAUGGAGACUCUGUGCACAAUUCUCGGAUUUCAUACCAGUUCCUGCAAGUCACAGACGCCACACUAUUCAGUCUGGACCAAUAUAAUGGAGAGAUCCGCACAAUGAGAAUGUUCAGUUACAGAGAUGCUCGUCACCAGCGCAUGGUCGUCAUGGCUAAAGACAAUGGAGAUCCUGCUCUCUCUGCCACAGUUACCAUCAAGAUAUCAACAGUGGAACAAGCUAUCAAACCUUAUUCUGAUACAAUGGAGGUUCCUCUGGAAUAUGACAUCUUCUCUGACUUAAACCUUUAUCUGGUGAUUGGUUUGGGCUCUGUGUCAUUUCUAUUAUUAAUCACCAUUUUGGUGACUAUUGUACUGAAGUGUCAGAAACCAAAGCCCAUCAACGCAGCUCCUCCAUGUAGGAACAGCGUCAUCAGCCAGAGAAACUCUACUAUAGGAGAUUCCACACUGAUCUCCAGCGAUGCCUACUGGUACAGUUUAUUUCUAGCGGAGACGAGGAAAGGGAAGGUGGUGGUUAGACAGCCUGUACCGAAGGCCGGAUACAUAAUUUCCAGUAUACCACGGAGCACAGGCCUGACUGAGACCAGUGAAUCAGCUGCUUCCACACUUCAGGUAAGACCGACCAAUUCCUUAAUGCCUGUUUGUUUGUUAAAUUGAUCUGUACUGCAGCUCAGCAGUUGUCACUUUA